AUGUUAGAAGUUCACUGUUCUGGAACGCCAUACGAGAUUGGUCAUCAACAUGGUGCCGCAGCUAAAGACAAAGUAAAUGGAUCUCUCUCAUUUUACGGAUGGCUUUUCCAAGAAACAUGUUCUAUGAAUUGGGAGGCUGUUCGUCAAGAGGCUAAGAAAUACAUCGAGCCUCUCCAAAACAUAUCUCCGCGUCACGCUGAGGAACUACAAGGGCUAGCUGAUGGUGCUGGUGUUGACCUCUUGGAUAUCGUCGCACUAAAUGUCAGGACUGAAAUCACGUUCAGUCUCUACACGGAGGACCCUACUACUCCCAUCCAAAAUGAUGGUUGCACAAGUGCCGCAUAUCGUCAACCCAACGGCCAAGUACUUCUGGCCCAGAACUGGGACUGGCAACCUAAACAGGCACCAAAUCUUCUCAUCUGCCAUAUUUCUCAGCCUGGGACGGACAUACCCAACAUCUCGAUGGUUACCGAGGCGGGUGUCAUAGGCAAAAUUGGUAUCAAUUCUGCGGGAGUCGGCACAACAUUGAACGCCAUUCGAGCUCGCGGCGUUGAUAAUAUCAAACUUCCAAUCCAUCUUGCUCUCAGGAUUGCUCUGGAGUCCAAAUCAGCACGAGAAGCUGCAAAUACGUUGUACAAAAUGGGGACAGCUGGAAGUGGACAUAUUCUCGUGUCUGAUUCAAGCGAAGCUAUAGGACUGGAGUGUACCAGUAGAGGAAUCAAAGAGAUCAACUUGGACAGUAACGGGAUUCUGGUGCACACUAAUCAUUUACUUCUCGAACAUCCCGGAGUCGAUGAGCCAGGCUGGUUACCAGAUUCCAAGGUGCGCUUUGCACGCAUGUCUGAGCUUAUUCAAAACAAGAUCGCUUCAGAAAAUAUUGACCAUAGCGCCCUUUUUGAGCUGUUCAAAGAUGAACAAGGAUACCCGGCGUCGAUCAAUCGCGAUGUGACUGCGCACAGAGAUGGGACCACGACUUUGUUUAACAUCAAUAUGGACUUGUCAAAAGCAAAGGCCGUGAACAUCGCAUACAAUUCUGCCUUGCGGCAAAGCAAGUCUCUGGCUGCCGAACUCCAAAAUCUCAAUACCAAACCCCAAGCAUCUCCUUCCGAGAUCGGCAACGUGUCCGCCUCAAUCGCCUCCUUUACAAAAACUCUCGACGAAUACCAAAGCCUCGCUCGCCAGGAGAUUGUCCCCAAGAAGCAGGAAGAGGCUUUUGCGCGGGUCAAGAGGUUUCGCGAGAACCUCUCCGAUUACCGAGGCCAGAUCGAUUCCCUCAAGAAAGCCCGCGACGAUGCCCAGCAUCAGGCGAACCGCACAGAGCUUCUAGGGAGAAGACCGUAUAAUGCUACACCGGAAAAUCCUUAUGCGAACGCCACGACGACCAAUACGCACUCUACUUUCCAACCUCGACACCCAACUCAGUCCAACGGACCGUUGACAACGGGCUCGCCAGAUGAGAUGCGCGAAGCACAUGCAUUUAGGGAACAGAACUUCUUUUCGAACACAAAUCAAGCCCUCGACGAUUACAUUGCACGUGGACAGGCUGUGCUGGGUGAUCUUGGCCAGCAGCGAGAGAUGCUCAAGAGUACACAGAAGCGACUUUACAGUGUUGCCAAUACAUUGGGUGUCAGUGGCGAUACAAUCCGUAUGGUGGAGCGACGGGCGAAAGAGGAUAAAUGGAUCUUUGCCGCGGGCGUGGUGAUAUUCUUUCUGUUCUGCUGGCUGGUGCUUCAUUUCUUGCGAUAG